UAGGGUAAAGGGAUUUUGUCAUUCGCCGGUGACCCAAAGCAGAGGGCUUGACAAAGUGCAAUAAUUAAUACCCGUCAAUUUGUGCUUGGUAUUUUCUACCAAUAAUUUUGAUUUCAUGUUACUUUUUGAUGUAUUAGAGUAUAUUUAUGAACUAACAAAGGAUAUGUGUUCUAAAAAUGUUGAAAAUAAUGUGAUUUCAUUUCAUUCAUUUUGCUGAUAUAACGGAGAAUUUGGAUAUACUGUGUAACUCUGCUCAGAAUAAAGAAUGUUGUCUUCUAAAUCUACCGAGUUUUCUAUAAAUUCACUUCUUGGCAUCAAAGACAAGAAACAUAUUUCCCGAAGAAAAUGGAAAAAUUACAAAUGUUGAUACUGAGAAGCAGACAAAAGGUUCCCAUGAAGCUGUGAAUAAAAGGAACAAGGACUCUUACAAAUUCUACAAUGAAAGCAUUUUGUUUCCAAUUUCUAAACCUGCAAGAGUAGACAAUUUGUGUUUUUCAGAUAAAAAAGCAGUUGAAAAUGACUAUAGUUCAGGUAACUUAAUUUUUGAUCGUCACAGGGAUUUACUUUUGGGAAGACAGAGUGAACAUUUGGGACAGUUUCCCAUUAGACACUGGAUGCCUCAUCGCUUUCAGGGUCAAGUCUCCUCGUGGCCAUACCCCCCUACUCACCACGGAGCACUGACACGGUGUAUAGAUCCGUCGUUUUUGAUUCCAAAUUUGCGGAAGUCUAAGAGGAUUCGGACCGCUUUCUCUCCCACGCAGCUUCUACAGCUGGAACACGCCUUUGAGAAAAACCAUUAUGUGGUAGGACAGGAAAGAAAGGAUCUGGCUCGUAACCUGAGACUUAGUGAAACACAGGUAAAAGUGUGGUUUCAGAAUAGAAGAACAAAGUUUAAACGAGUGAAGGCGGAAGAGGGCAUGACAAAGUCACACUCCAAAAAGUUAGAUUACUCAAAAAAGAAUUCACCAACAGACAAACAAAACCUACCUAGGUUUGAAUCCUCAUCAGAUGAAAGUGAUAUUGAAGUCUAAAUACAAAUAUAUAUAGCGUUUGUGUUGUGAGCAUGCCAUUAAUGCCUUUUUGCAAUUUUCUACUGUAAA